AUUUUUACCAUUAGCGGGCCACCAUCGAAGCAGAUAAACGUUUCGCUCUCCCGCUCAACUGCGAUCACUGAGCUGCAGGAUUGAAAACCAGCAAAGGUCAACAAGACUUCGAAUUUUGCAAGUCUCUGUAUCAAAUUUGUAGUUUCUUGUGCUUUACUUAUAUAAUCUUAUCGGAUUCAUAACCCAGAUUCUAAUGUUUGUCAAUUUCUACAUACCUCUUCUCUUUGGAAAACGUGCUCAAAAGAACAAAUGGGUUUCAGAUUGUCUUGAUUCAGAAUAUGGAGCCAGUGGAGUUGACAGAGCAGGAAACUGCCAUCUAUGAUCGUCAGAUUAGGGUUUGGGGCGUUGAUGCUCAAAGAAGGCUCAGCAAAUCUCAUGUCUUCGUCAGUGGGCUCAAAGGGACAGUUGUUGAGUUCUGCAAAAACAUCGUUUUAGCUGGAGUUGGUAGUUUGACCCUGAAUGAUGAUCGUAUGGUGACCAAUGACUUACUCUCUGCUAAUUUCCUCAUCCCCCCUGAUGAAAAUGUGUUUAGUGGGAAAUCUGUUGCUGAGCUCUGUUGUCAUUCAUUGAAAGAAUUCAACCCCAUGGUUCAUGUUUCUGUCCAGAAAGGUGAAUUGUCCAGUUUUGAUGCUGAUUUCUUUGAUAAGUUUGAUGUAAUUGUAAUCUGUCAGUGCUCUCUGGAGACGAAGAAAUCUGUAAAUGAGAAGUGUCGGAAGUUGUCGAAGCGCAUUGCAUUUUAUACGGUUGAUGUUAGAGAUUCUUGUGGCGAGAUCUUUAUUGACUUGCAGUGCUACACCUAUUCUAAGAAGCGAUUUGAGGAAAUGACAGAUUGCCAAAUAAACUAUCCAAGUUUUAAGGAAGCUAUUGAAGUCCCAUGGAAAGAUUUACCCAAGAGAACAUCAAAGCUGUAUUUUGCUAUGAGAGUCAUGGAGGAGUAUGAACGUCUUGAAGCGCGUGAGUAUGGUGACAGGUUUGAUGAUCUUGACCUUCAGAAUCUUCAAAGAUUGAGGAAGGAAGUAUGUGAUAUCCAGGGGGUCAGUGAAUCUCACAUUCCAGAUUCUUUCCUGGUACGGUUGUUAAGGCCCUCGGGAGAGUUUCCUCCCGUGUGUGCCAUCAUGGGAGGAAUCCUUGGACAGGAGGUGAUUAAAGCAAUAUCAGGAAAAGGAGAUCCAAUUAAGAAUUUCUUCUAUUAUGAUGCCACAGAUGGCAAAGGCAUAAUAGAAGAGAUAUCUGACAUCAAGACUGGUACCAAAGAGGGCUUGCAGACGAUUCAGAACGUUCAGAUUCUCUAGACAUUGGUAGAUAGUGUCUAUUCUGACUCAUAGUGUGGGUAUGUGUAAGUUGCUUUUAAAUACGACGAUUCUCUAGUAAUGCUUGUCUGCAAGACCAUCUAAAGAAUAUUGGUGAUGAUUUUGGGUAAUGUUUGUUUGCUCACUUUUGCAAGACUAUUUGGUAAUUCGGUGUUGUUGCCAUCUUUUAAUUGAAAUAUUUAACAUUGAUGUUAGUGUGCUCUUUAUGAAGCAACUAAACUACCUGAGCAGCAUGCAAGUAUCUUGCAAAAGUAAGAUGCUUUCAUCGAGUUCAUCUACCUCGCUUUGGUUUCCAUAUUUUAUUAUGGUGAUGUAUAAUAGUCCAAACUGUGUCAUUUAUGAUUAACAUUGUGAAUGUUUAUCCGCAAUGUUACGCUAUUAAUAGUACUCCCUCCCACAGUCCCAUGUCUUUAAA